GACCUCGAAUUUUGACGACAGUCUUCCAAUCAGAUUGGCCUUUCAGCUGAAGUGGAGCUCACCGCUCGUUGACCGGCUGCUCUUAUCACUUGUUGCGCUUGACGUGGACCAGAACUGUUGGCCUUGAGCUCUUCGGUUUCUGCUCGACAGCAAGUUGCAGCUUUCGUAGAACUCGCCCCUCGGCUUAAGAUGGCAGGCGUCCAUCAGCAGACGGGAGGACCGUAUGAAACAGACGCCAGCAAUAUUAAGAUCGAAGGGGUCAGCGCGGCACGAACUGAGAACAGGGACUAUAUCGAACCAGAGCCACAUCUUAUGUGGACUAUGGAUGAAUUCUAUAUAUGGGCGUUCUAUAGAGCUGCCAUCGAAGAGUUUAUUGCCACUCUCCUUUUCAUGUACAUCGGCGUUUCUGCUGCCAUUGGAAAUGGCCGUACCAGCCCCGAUGAAGUCGGAGUUCUCGGUGUUGCAUGGUCUUUCGGAGCCACCGUAUUUGUGCUUGUCUACUGCACAGCUGGUGUUUCAGGAGAACACCUGAAACCCGCAGUUACUUUGAGAAAACUUCUGGGUAGGAAGAUUUCGCUUCCUCAGGCUUUCAUGUACAUUCUUGCCCAGAUCGCGGGGCAACUAUGUGGAGCAAUAAUCGUGAAGGGCUUGGAGAAAACUCUAUUCCAGGUGUUGAGCGGCGCGACGAAUACCGUGAGUGCAGAUUUCAGCAUCGUCACAUGUCUGGCAGCAGAAAUCAUCGGAACUUUCUUACUGGUAUUAUUUCUGAUGGCUAUUAACAAGAAAAAUGUACGUGAAAAAAAUACUAAAAUGGAAGAAGACAGGAGAGAAUCAAUCGUGCUUCUCGUCAGAUGCCCAGUACUGAAGAAAACUUCUGAGAAAAGCGACUCAAAUCUAGAAACAGAGCAACUGAAUGUCAGAGUCCUUAAACUUCUUCUAGACCAACACACUCAACUGUUCAUUGUAAUUAUCUCCCAAUAAUCAGUCAAUUACUGUAGGACCUCAAGUUUAUCAACAGUCCAGGUUAUAUGCUUUGCUGCCAAAAAACAGCAAACGGCGGUCGCCGAAAUUAUAAUGACAAGUAGAUCUAAAACCGAAUGAUUUCCUUUCACCCACCAGGAAGGUUCAGAAAACAUAAAGCAAUCAAAUCAUGAGUCGUUUGAUGAUUAACGACGGAGAUAAUGUACCUGGAGACUUUAUACUUUUCAAUAGAAAGCUAUCGCCAUUGCGCAAAGGCCUAAAGCGUGACAUUUGGUCACCUGUCUAAUAAAUCUGCAUCUGGUUAGUUGUGGGAAGCUGAAGCAUCAGGUUCGAGUCAAACUUAAUUCGUUAGGACUCUCAGAUUGUGAUUAACACCAGGUAUCACAUUAAGGUCAUGUAUGGAGGUAAGUAGAGGCUGAUGAUAGAUCAGGACAGCGCGAAGACAUGAUUUGGAUCACGAUUGCUCGAGUAUCGCGUAAACACUAAA